GGGAGGCACGGCAGAGAAAUGAAAUGGAUACAGCAGUCGUGUCACGUGAGGGCAACAUGGCUGCUGGUGACGCUGCAGCUGCUGCUGCAGCCUCUUAUACUAGUCCUGAGAAUGGAUCCAUUCUGCAAAUCAAGUGCAAGAAGACUGAGAAACAGCCAUUUCCUGUUCCAAAGGAAGAGGAUGAUGGGCUGAAGAAGAAAAUACUUGAUGCAAAGAAUAAGAGUACAGAACACAGUAAUGUUAUGGAUGACUGUCAGAUAUCUCAGUCAGUCUCUGAGGACUAUGACUUGCCUAAUCGUGACCCAAUAGUAACACAACUAAUUAACCAACUUCAAAUGCACCAAAAAGGAAUGCAUGAACUACAAAAGAAGGUACAAGAAUUAGAAUAUGAAACGGCGCAGAAGGAAUUGGAGCUCUUUAAGUUGAGAUUGGACCUAAAACAACAAACAAUAAAUGCUCUUUACUUUUAUGAAAAAAUUAGGAAGCAAUUAACUGAAAAAGAAGAGCAAUAUAAAAAAGAAGUUGAAGAAAAACAUCAAUGUGAAAUGUGUCGUAAAAGACAGGAAGAAAAAGAUACAGUGCUUAGGAGUUCAAGAUUUGAUACGGAUAAGGUAACUUCCUCCCUCCCCAAUAUUCAGAUUUCCAAAUAUAUUCCAACACUAUGAUUUGUAGUAUUUAUU